AUUUAACCCUAAUAUUGUGUCAUUCUCCCAAAAAAAAACGAAAAAGUUUAUUAAGGUUCUCAAUCUCAAGUUCUCCUCUCCAAGAACCCAAACAAUGGCCUCUGCAGACAAAACCAUAAACACAGACGUCCCUGAAAAAGACGUUUUUGCCAUCCACUUCCUUCAAUCCCUCUCAAAUCUCAGAACACAAAACCUUUUUAAUUCACCGGAUACAACAAACUACCGUGUGAGGAAGAUAAAGAAGGCUGCGUACGUUUCCAUGGCCAGAGCGGCCGGAGGGACUAGCCGCCUAUGGAGCAGAGCCCUCUUACGCCGAGCCACCAAAGGAAACAACAAGAUCGUAAGAUUUCCAAGGAAAAAGAGAAAGGUGACGUGGAAGAUAUCGUCAAAGCGCAGGAGGAGUGACCAGAGAGCUCCGGUGGUGGAGGAGGCGGCCGAGAGGCUGAGGAAUCUUGUUCCGGGAGGCGGAGGAAUGGAGACGUCAAAGCUGAUGGAAGAGACCGCUCAUUACAUCAAGUGCCUUAGUAUGCAGGUCAAGGUCAUGCAGUGUCUCGUUGAUGGCUUAUCUCCGAAAUGAUCAUCAACUAUUCAUCAUCAUCAUCAUCAGUACGUGAUCGAUGUAUAUAGAGAUACGACAAAUACAUAGUAUUGGAUUGGAUCAUAACGCAUAUACAGUAUAUGUGCAUAUAUAUUCUUAUAUAUAAACAUACGUGUAAGAUAGGAUACAUAUAUGAAAUGUGUGGAUAUGUAUUAGUCUCGAAGCAACGAAAGAUUUUUUCUUUUUCUUUUCUUGAAUUUUGAUAAAAGGGGAUUUAUUAUU